CCAGUAUAAAGACCAGAUCAUCCUGGGUAGGGAAAAAAUAAAGGGCUAAUUACUAUUUAGCCCUGCAUUGUUCAAUUGUGUUACUUUUAAAGUAUUAUAAGUUCAAAAUGUCUUUAUUUAUGAAGAAACUUACAAUAUUUUCAAGCAUUCCAAAAUUUUUUCGAAAUUUAUCUGAUGCUCCUCCGCAAGUUGUGAUUUUACCUCACAAAGUUCCAUCACCUUAUAUAAAAGCCUCUCAACUGACAAAAGACAAUAUUCCAGAAAAUAAAGGUUGCCCAGUUUGCAGCAGAGGAAUAAGUUUCAAAGUUGAUGAUGUAUUGUUUUUAUCACAGUUCUUAACUCCUGAAGGUCACAUGAUGAACAGAAGAGUAACUGGAGUUUGUAAAAAGCAGCAAGUUGCUAUUUUUAAAGCAAUACAUAUUGCAAGGAGACAAGGAUUGCUUCCUCGUGUUGUUCCGAAAGACGGAGGGCCUCCGCCCGAGUACGGACUGAAGUCAAAAUCGCUUACUAAGAGAACCUACAAAUCUCGUAUUUAAUGUUGGAUUGCACAAACCUUGUGAAACUUUUUUUAAAUAUUUGUUAUUUAGUAGUUUUGUGAAUUUAUUAUUCCUGCUAAAACUAUUUAUUUUUGUUAAA